AUGCGAGAGAUUGAAAGCGAGCUGCAGGAGAAGGACUUCUCGCUUGAGCAGAAAGACGGAGAAAUCAGGGCUUUGCAGGAUCGCUUACAAACCGCGAGAGGUAGUUGGGACGCCGAAGCCAUGCAGACUGAUGCUCGCUUCCAAGAGAAGGAUCAACUUGUCUAUGAAAGAGAGUCGCAACUACGUGAAGCUACACGCCAGGUCGAAGAGCGCAACCGUGAGAUUGCAGAUCUCAAGCAAAGUCUCAAGUCUGUCGAGAACGGCACCAGCGCACAAGCCCAACAAUCCAGACAACAAGGCGAACAAAUCCGACAACUGCAGGAACGCUUAAGAUCCACCGAGGCCAGUGCAGGCGCCGAGCGAGAUGAGAAAUCAGACAUCAUUACUUCGAAGGAUCGCGAGAUCCGCAGCUUGCAAUCCAGACUUCGGGGCCAAGAAGGAGACGAAAGCAACGAGAUCAGACUCAAGACCGAACAUAUUGAGCAGCUUGAGCGGGACAUACAGCUCAAGAACCAGCAAGCUCUGCAGCUGAACACGGAGAUGCGCGCUCUCAAAGAUCGCAUGGCUAGUAUGGAAACACCAACAAAGAAGAAUUCCAUGCUUAGCCAACAAGCAGAACAAAUUCGCAACCUCCAGCAGGCUCUUCGCGCUUUGUCAAGCGAAAAGGACGCCGAACUGAACGAACUUGAGAAGCAUUUGCAGUCUGCCGAAACCGAGUUGGAUGCUCAUACCAAGAAGAUUCAACAGCUGCAAGAGCGUCUCAAAUCAGCAGAAAGAGACCAAUCUUUCGCCGGCCACAUGGACGAAGAUAUGCAAGAGAAGCAANAAACUAUCGAGCAGCAAGAAGAUCAGCUGUUGGAUAUGCAGACCAAGCUUCGCAAAGCCCUACAGGAGAAGGAAUCUGAAAUGAUAACCUUCGAGACUCGCCUUCGUCAAGCCAAGCAAGAAGCUGAACAUGAGAAGCAGCAACUCGAGCAAGACCAUGAAGAAGCUUUGGAAGCCCUCGAAGACGAGAUUAUCGUGUUGGAAUCGAACGUUGAAGACGCGCAGCGCGAAAAGUCAGCACUACAGCAAAAGGUUCAACUUCUGGAACGGGAUCUUGUAGCAUCGAAACAAAACGGCACACCAGUACGCGAACGCAAUGAGCUGCGCUUGAAACUGAGGAACGCCGACAUGGAGCGAGAGAACCUCAAGCGUCAGACUCAAGACCUCGAGCGCGAGCUCGACGCAGCCUGGCAAGCCAAGGAGAACGGCACACCUGUACGCGAGCGCAACGAGCUUCGGUUGAAGUUAAGAGAGUCACAAACCGAGAUCUCCAAGCUUCAAAACCGCAUUCAGUCUCUCGAACUUGAUCUGGAAUCUGCUCAAGCUGACAAGACGAUGGCUGAUGAGCGCAUGGAUCUACACGAGUCACUCAAGGAAGCCAAGAUAGAAGCUGAAGACCUGCAGCUGCAAAUUUCGGAACGUGACAAGAAGAUUGCCANNCUCUAUCAAAGAAGGAGGGCGACGCCAAGGUUCAUCUUGACGAGGCGCGAGCAGAAAUGGAACAGCUCCAGUCAGAAGUCUCGGAACGUGACACCAGAAUCUCAGGCUACAUGGCCAAAGAAAGAGAGCUCCGUACGCAGAUUCAAGAGCUGA